CCUCCUCAAAUGGACUUCAGCAGCAGAACUUAUGCUGGAUCAGGAGGUGUAAAAAUCAGCAGAGCAGUCUAUGCAGGCAGAGUCUUCAAUGAUACCAGAGCACAUGGCCACAGAGGGAUGCCAGUGGCUGGCCGAAGGCCUAGCCCUGGAUACACUUCCAUCUUGCUCCAAGGACGGGCCGAGGUCAGUGGAACUCCCGUCACUGCGGUCACUGUGAAUAAGAGCCUGCUGGUCCCCCUCAACGUUGAGAUUGACCCCACGAUUCAAGCCGUUCGCUCCCAAGAGAAACAACAGAUCCAGGUGCUCAAUGACCGCUUUGCCUCCUUCAUCGACAAGGUCCGCUCCCUGGAACAACAGAACAAAAUCCUAGAGACCAAAUGGAGCCUGCUACAACAGCAGACCAGCGUCCAUUCCAACAUCGAUGACAUGUUUAAAGCAUACAUCUCCAACCUCCACAGACAGCUGGACAGCCUGGGCAAAGAGAAGAUGAAGCUGGAGGGCUACCUGCACAACAAGAAUGACCAGAAGGAGGAUCUCAAGAAAAAGUAUGAAGAUGAACUCAAAAAGCGCAUGGAGUCUGAGAGCGACUUUAUUCUUAUCAAGAAGGAUAUGGAUCAAGCCUUCACAAGUAAGGCUGAGCUGCAGGCAAAGUUGGAUAUUCUGACAGAUGAGGUUGAUUUCCUCAGGGUGAUCUAUGAGGAGGAACUGCGUGAGCUCCAGAGCCAGGUCAAGGAUACCUCAGUCAUUGUGGAGAUGGACAACAGCCGCAAGCUGGACAUGGACUCCAUUGUGGCUGAGGUCAAUGCGCAGUAUGAGGACAUCGCCAACCGCUCACGUGCUGAAGCAGAGACAUGGUACAAAGCCAAGUAUGAGGAGAUGCAGACCAGUGCCAACAGAUAUGGAAAAGACCUACGGGCUACAAGAACACAGAUUGCUGAACUUAACAGCAAUAUUCACACACUGACAUCCAAGAUUGGUACAAUCAAGGGACAGUGCAGCAACCUGGAGGCCCAGAUUGCUGAGGACCGCGGUCAGAUGGCUGUGAAGGACGCCAAGGCUCGCAUAGAGGAGCUGGAGAGGGCACUGCAGAGAGCCAAGCAGGACAUGGCCCGUCAGAUCAGAGAGUACCAGGACCUGAUGAACCUCAAACUGGCUUUAGACAUCGAGAUUGCCACCUACAGGAAGCUGCUGGAGGGGGAGGAGGACAGACUGGCAAACGGCAUCGAGGCUAUCAAAAUCUUCCAAAAGAACUCAAAUUACACUGUGAAGAAACACCCCGGCGGAUUCAGCAGCUUCUCCAGUGCUGGUGACGGCAGAGGCCUGGAGAACUUCAGCAGUGGUAGUGACAGCAGCUACAACAAGAUUCAGACCCGGAAGAACAUCAUAAUCAAGACCAUUGAGACCAGUAAUGGCAAAGUGGUGUCUAAAUCCUCCGAGGUCAUUGGUGAUUGAGCUGGCUAGAUUAGAGGUGCAGCCACAGUUGGGGCCAAAAUUAUUCACCCCCCUGGCAGAUUUAAAUGAAAAUGUCUUUCAAUCUAAAAUUAGGAUAAAUUUAAGAAAAAGUAUUUGUUCUUUAUAUACACUUUCACGGAAAAUCACUUGUCAAACCUUAUAUCCUUUUCAAAAAUGCAAAAUCAUUAUUGUCAUUGCAAUAGCAACAAAAACCUUCUUGCACCUGCCGAUUAGUUUUCUGCAUGUUUCCACUGGUUAUCUUUGGUGAUGAGCUCUAAGUCAUGGAGGUUGCGAGACCUGCUUGACAUCACCCUGAUCUUUAGCACUCUUCACCUGUUCUAUAUCAGAUCCAAGUCUGGACUCUGGCUGGGUCACCCCAAGAUGUCAAUAUUACUUCCGGUCAGCAGGAACAUGUUGGUGGAAGGAAAAACUGACUGCUGGAGAUAUUGAUCAUUUUAACCUCAACUAUAAAUGUCUGCUCUGAUCUCCUUUGUAUCUCUGGUUGUUGUAUACAGCUCACCCACUCAACUGUUGUAGUAAUUAGGACGUUGCUGUGGUGAUAAUGUUGUCCCUAGUACACACCAACCUGAAUAAAGAUGUGUUAAUUAAAGGAAAGGGAAUUUGCUUUCAUUUCAGAAGACAUUGUGGAG